AUGACCUCUGCAGAUGGCAGCCGAAUGGAGGGCGUAGAAAUGGCUGCCGCACGCACACUGUUCACCUCGGCCGCCGUCGAGGGCACCGCCGCCCGCCUUGGCCGUCUCGCCCUGCCUGGGCGCGCCGCCUUUGACACGCCCAACUACACGUCCGUCGCCAGCCGCGGCGCCGUGCCGCAUCUGACCCCGGACAAUAUGACGAAAUAUGUCUCGCCGGGACCUGUAUACAUGGCUCUGGAAGACUUCAUUGAAAAGAAGCAGCCUCCGCUGUACAAGACACCCGUGACGCGGGAAAACAGGCUGCACAGCUUCACGGGUCUGCCCCUAGAUAGCACCACCAUUCUCGCCGCCCGGCGCAGCCAGACCGUCACCACGCCCACGGGCAACACGGCCAAGUCGGUCACGCUCUUCACCUCGACCGGCUUCCGCAGCCUCAGCAUCCCAGAGUACGUCGAGGCCGCCGCGCUGCUCCGGCCGGACAUUGUCGUGCCCCUCGCCGACCUCCUGCACAUCAGCGCCACGCCGCCGUCCAAGAAGCUGGUCCGCAUGGUCGACAGGACGGAGGAGUGGGUGGGCCAGUUCCUGACGGCCACGGAGCCGACGGACGGCGGCGCGAGGCCGAGCGCAGUGUUUGCGCCGGUCCUGGCCGUGGAAUACCCGCUGCAGUGGGCGUACCUCCAGCACCUCGCGGAGGAUGUGCGCGGGUCGCUCUCUGGUCUGGCCAUAUACGACACACAGCUCCUGGCAGACAUUAUACCAAACUACGAGCCGCUUCGCGAACUGCCGCGUUUGUCCCUGGAUCCCCCGAAGACGCCGCAGCAAGUGCUGAAGCAAAUCGCGCUCGGUAUAGACGUCUGCGUCUUGCCAUUCAUCAACGCCGUCUCCGACUCUGGCGUCGCCUUUACCUUUACCUUUCCUCCUCCGUCCUCCGCCGACACCCCGCAGCCCCUGGGCGUCGACAUGUGGUCCGAGGAGCACGCGGCCGCUCUGCAGCCGCUCAGCGCGGGCUGCCAGUGCUACACCUGCACGACGCACCACCGCGCCUACCUGCGGCAUCUGCUCAACGCAAAGGAGAUGCUGGGCUGGAGCCUUCUGCAGGUCCACAACCACCACGCGAUGGACGCCUUCUUCGAGGGCGUCCGCGCGGCGCUGCGGGACGGCACGUUUGCCGCGGCGGCGGAGCGGUUCGUGGCGCUGUACGCGGUGGAGUUUCCGGAGGGGACGGGCGAGAGGCCAAGGGCGAGGGGGUAUCACUUCAAGAGCGAGCACGGCCAGGAAAAGAUUAACAAGACGACAUGGGUCGAUGUCGAGGCUACGCUGGCCAAAACGGAAGCAUAA